AUGGGAUCUCAAAAUAGCAAAUCAAAGAACAUGAAAUUUAAUGUGAAAGAAUCAUUUACUCUUCCCGAGAAAUGUACUCAUGAAAAAUUUAUUCACGAGAAAUUUAAUGCUUUGAAAUUAUCAAUAAUUAAAAAUAAAUUGAUCAAAAACUUUCUUUCAUCACCGACAUCACCGACAUCACCGACAUCACCAACAUCACCAACAUCAUCACCUACAUCACCAACCUCACCUACAUCACCAACAUCCCCUACAUCACUGACAUUACUUACAUCAUUAUCAAGAACUUCAACGUCAUCAUCUUCUUCAGAAAUCGAAGAAUAUUCAUCUUUAUCAUCGUUAAAAAUUAUUUCACAACGAUCUCAACUUUUACAUGAUUACGUAGAUCGAUGUCAUAAUCAACAAUAUUUAAUUAAACAUUAUUGGGAGGGAAAUUUAUUUUCGGCACCUAUUGAUUCUUUAUUAGAAAUUGGAUCAAAAAAUAUUAAUCUACCGGAAUCAAUAAACAUUUUACAACAAAGAUCUCCCUGCUUUAGAAAUUUGAUCAAUAUAAAGAUAAUGAAAAAAGCAAUUCCUUUAGGAAGUUGGGAUGGAACAAUUGGAAAAUUGGCAUUGAAUGAUGUCAUGACCAGUUUUCAAGAUUAUGCUACAUCCAUGUGCAAUCAUUUAUCAAUAAAUAAUAAUGAAUUUGAUGAACUUUUAAAAACUUUUAUUAAAGAA